UCGAAUUGUUCAAAAGAACCGGCUAACAUGAACACAAGGACAUCAUCGUCGCUUUUUUUUCUUUUUCUGUGCACUAACCUCAACUUCUUCACAGUGCGAUGCGGAUGUCGGUUCUCACGUGAGGCUUUAGAGACAUUUUAGGUCCAUUUGGGUUUUUUUUUUAUCUGUGUGUGUUUUUUCUCAUUGUGCGUCGGAGAAUCUAUCACACGCUGAGCGGUUUUGUGCGCAGGUUCAUUUUAGGCUUAAUUUGGCGAUUUUUAUUUCUACCUGUUCUCUAUAUUCGACUCACAUAUGGACAUACUUAAGGAUCAUUUCUGCUUUAAACCUCUCGCCAUGAGAUGAAACCCAGAGGAGAUGUUAUACUUACAGGAUAACGUAAAGGAAAGGACGCGCUAUUUCGGCACAUGAAGAAUUUUGCAUAUGGACACACGUCACAUGUGCGGCAUAAAGAGGUUAUGCUUUUUAUUAGCCUUUAACGUAUCAUUUCGGAAUUGCUUAAAUUGUGAGCCCUCUGCUUAAAUUUAUAACAAAUGAACUGUGAUAGGCAAUGCAGGCAUGCCGUGCAAUGGAUUUUGCAACCAUUAAAAAAGGGAAGUGUUAAUAUCAAUAUAUUAUAGGCUAUACAGAGAAGAUGUUGGAAAACUAAUCGGUUUACUCUCCAAUGGCAUGUAUGCACUAUAGGAUAUAAAAUAAUAUUUUAUUUUCUCUUUUUAUAAGGGGUUAACGUUUGUUUGGCAUAAUUUGUUAAUUGGCAUUAGUAGUUUAUUAGUCUUAAUUUAGAAGACAGACAGGACACGUUGGAUGCCAUAAUCAGCUUACGGUUUACAGCAGCUAUAGCUGGUGGCACUCCUGCAUUGUGUAUCUCCAUUGCUUUUCGAGCCCCUAAGUGGCUUGUUAUUAAAAUAUUUCUAGCGUAAUGGACACCAACCACAUGGAUGAUGGGUCUUCUAGUGAUGGCAUGGAGAUGGAGAUCAUGCCUGGCUACAUUGAGCUCAUCACCAGCGCAUGUUCAGUCAUUUUCAGUGCCUUCAGAGACUGUAAAGACUGCGGACUGGAACUGUCCAGAAAAACCUUGCUGGAUCAUGCCUACAUAACCUGGAUGGAGAUCUUCAUGUUCUUCAUGAGCGCGGUCAUGUGGACGAAGGUGCGCAAGGGCCUGACCAUGUACAUCUUUGAGCCGUUUGGACAAUGGUGUUGCAUCCCAUCAAAAGAUGUCUCAAAGAUGCCGGAGAGCGCGUGGAAGCUGGUCUUCUACACAAUGUCAUGGUCAUACAGCACCUACCUUUUGUUUUUCACUAGUUAUUCCUUCUUUCAAAACCCUCCGUCUGUGUUUUACGACUGGAAGAGUGGGAUGUCAGUACCCACCGAUAUUGCGAUAGCUUACCUUAUCCAGGGCAGCUUCUACGGCCAUUCGAUAUAUGCAACGGUCUACAUGGACGCAUGGAGGAAGGACUCCCUUGUCAUGGUGGUGCAUCACUUCAUCACUCUGGCCCUGAUCACAUUCUCCUAUGCCUUUAGAUACCACAAUAUUGGAAUUCUCGUCCUCUUUCUUCACGACAUCAAUGACAUUCAGUUGGAAUUCACCAAGGUCAACGUUUAUUUCAAGAUUCGGGGAGGGAAAGAGUACUUCAUCAAUGACGUCCUGUCCAACAUGGGUGCCAUUAGCUUUAGCAUCACAUGGUUUUGGUUCCGUUUGUACUGGUUCCCCCUAAAAGUUAUGUGGGCCUCCUGCGUCACCAGCAUCCAGUCAGUUCCCACCAUCCCUUUCUACUUCUUCUUCAACACACUCCUGCUUGCUCUGCUCCUCAUGAAUAUCUACUGGUUCCUGUUCAUCGUGCUGUUUGUGGCGAAGGUCCUGACGGGACAAAUGAAGGAAGUAAACGAUGUCCGGGAGUACGAGGAAGAUCUUCUAAAGGAGAGAACAGACACUAACGAUCAGACGUCUAACGAAGGGAAACAUGUGCAGAAUGGGACCAGCAAGAAGAAACAUCAAUAAUAUCUAGAUGCUGCCAUCUGCAGGCACUUAACCAUGACUGCAAGGUACUUACGUGACCUAGUUUGAUUCUAACCUCGGACCGCCAUGGCGAUUGGACGGUCAUACAGAGAACAAGAAACAAAUCAACCAUCGUCUUUGUUUUUGUUAAUCACUGUUAUUGUAAUAUAAUCAUAGCACUGUGAAUGUUAUUGGUUAUGUCUCAUAUAUUGCUUUAAAAAUGUUAAUUUAAGUAAUUUUUUAAAAAAUCAGGAACUUAUUUUCGGGAGUGACUUGAAUAUCUUUGGAUAUUAAAUACAAUACCAUGCAUUUAGGAGAACAGUGGAACACAUUAUAAUCAGGUUUUGUGGUUGACAGUUUGUUUGAUUAGAUUUAGACUUUUUGUUUAUCUGGUGUAUUUUAAUUCCAGGAGUGAAGGAGUGAACCCCAAAAGGGUUAGUACUUAUCUUGUUGUAAUGAGUACUAGUGGAGUGGUUCUCAAUUGGUUGAAGAUCUGUUCUGAAAAGCAGGGGAGGGCAAUGUUAAAUUCAUAUAAUGUAAAUGCAAAUAAUAUUAAUUAUAAAAUCAUGCAUAGUUAGGGCAUUAAAAUAAGUGGAAAUUCUUACCAGAUCUUUUGUUGUUGGCAUCAAAAGGCAGGCUGUACAUCCAAUUACACUCAAUGGUAUUUCGUCACAAAAUCGUCAAAGUAGACAUAUGCCAACCUCUUAAAAACCAUAACUUUGCAAGGUAAAAAAAAAAACAAAAAAACACCCACACUGCAAUAAAUAUUGGUUCAUAUUGGUCAGAAAAAAUAAACAUAGGUAGAUAUUUUUCUUGUUUCAAGUAAAAAAAAAAAAGAAUAAAUUAAUUAAUUAAUAAAUUAAAAACAAUUAAUUUAUUAAAUUAAUUUUGAUACAUUCAUCAGAAAACAGAACUUAAUAUAUCUGAUGUAAUUUUGCUUUUCAAUAUUUAUCUCUAAUUUAGAAUGUUUCGUUAUUUUUACUUUAAAAGAAUACAGAAUGCUUUCAUAGAAAUAUUAAUAAAUUUCAAGUUUAAGCACUUCUUUGAUACACAGACCCCCGGCUUUACAGACAAGGCUUAAGUCUAGUCCCAGACUAAAAUGCAUGUUUGAGAUGUUUUAACUAAAAGCAACUUGUACAGACGUAUCUUAAAAUAUGACUCAGUGCCAUUGUUUUGUCUCAAGAUGCACACCAGUUUUUUUUUCUAAGGCAUGUUUAUAAACGCAACUUAAAUGUCCUAAUUGAAUUAAAGCCUAAUCCUGGCUUAAUCUAAACCCUGUCUGUGAAACCGGGCCAAUAUACACAAUUAGUGUCCUGAAGCAAAACCAGUUGAGAACCACCACACUAGUACAUCAGUUGCCUUGUUUAAAAAAAAAAAAACAUCUAUUAACUACAAAGGUUACCACCUAAAAAUAAAUAAAUAAAUAAAUAAAUCAGCCUGAUCUGCAUCAAUCAAAAUCAUGUUUGUAGCCUACAGUAUUACCGUGUUUGAAUGUAGAUAACUGAAAGAGAAUCCGUUGCGUGAUAGAAGCUAGAAGUUGCGUGGAUUGACCAAAACAAUACAAAAAAAAAAUAAUAAUAAUCAUACACUCCGAUGAUAUUGUUUAUUUUAUAAAAACGGAUGGAUAACUCAGUGGAAACAAUCGUAGUCGUAGAAGCUUAUUCAGUCCGUUACAAUGGAGAAACAUUUACUAGCUAGCUACUCAAAUUCAUCAAAGUAUUUACUGCAAAUGUCGUACGCGGGAACGCAUGAGAUUUGAGAAUAUGCUUUACGAAAUAACACCGCAAAAGAUUAAAUGAAACUGAUAUUAUCUGUCGUGACCCAUUGAUCACACCAAAACCAUAUCGCAGUACUUGAAUACUUUAUUUGC